AUGAUCGCUCAGAGUACUAGAUUAGCCGCCGCCGUCACCUCUUCAGCCGCCUCCGUUGGUGUUUCGAGAAUAGCCGCCGGCGCUAUGGCGAGCGCUAUUUUCAAGAGAUCUCCAGGAAACUCGUUCAGCUCGUUUAAAGAAUAUAGGGAAAACGCCAAGACGUAUGGACCAUUGAGUGCCUCACUGGCUACAAGAAGACAUUUGGCUCACGUUCCGAAGCUGUAG